AUGGAUAAUCAUAAGAGUUAUGUAAACAUUUCUGUUAUUGAAUUUGCAAAAAAAUCACGCAUAGUUUUAAUGACAUUUCAUCCUCACACAACCCAUAAAAUGCAUCCUUUUGAUCGUGGUGUUUUUGGACCAUUUAAAACUUUUUAUAACAAUGCCAUGAAUAACUGGAUGAUAUCACCAGGCAAUGCUGGUAAACCAGUUACAAUUUAUGAUAUAUCUUACCUUGUUGGUCAAGCUUAUCCUCAUGCUUUUGUACCAAAUAAUAUUAUAAACAGUUUUAAAUGCACUGGGUUUUAUCCAUUUAAUGAAAAUAUUUUUACUGAUAUUGACUUUUUAGCUGCAAAUGUUACUAUUAGACCAACAGUAAAUACUGAGGCUUGCAUUUCUAAUGAAAGUAUUGAAGUUAAAACUGCUCAAUCCAGUUUAUCAUCAACAUCACCUAUUGUUUUAGGGGAAAUCCCUACUGCAAGUUUACCAUCAAAAUCAUUUAUCGUUUCACCUGAGAUAUACGACCUCAUCCUAAGACCAAAUAAGGAAAAAUAA